CAGGACCAUUUAAUAAGGCCGGAAAAUUUUUCCGGCCCUCCUUUUCCGAUGACAGGGAACCCGUUCAAGGAGCAGACCACUAGAUGGGGCCGGAAUUUCUUCUCAUUCAUUUUCCGAUGACAAGGAACCUUUCAAGGACCAAACCACUUAAUGGGGCCGAAAUUUCUCGGGACUCAUUUUUGAAUGACAAGAAACAUAGCAAGAACCAUACCACUUAAUGGGUCUGAAAGCAUUUCAGAUGGUGAUUUUUUUAAAGGUUAUAGCGAUCUGGAAUCAUGUGUUUGUCAUCCAAUAGUUUAAGGGUUUACCUCCUACCUACUCAGGGGGUACAAAGUUUCAAUAUUUAAUGUGUGAUAGCCCCACCAGCCAGUCUAUCUACAAAAACUUUUCUCACCAACUAACCCCUCUAGAAACAAAGACACAUACCAAGUCAAAUGUCUAUAAAUCCUCAAGGAGCAAUCCCUUGCUUCUUUGUUUCCUGGUGCUUGCAAUAGAAAGUUUUCUUCUUGCUCCUUCUCUAAGAAUGGGGAGGUCCCCUUGUUGUGAAAAGGCUCACACCAACAAGGGCGCAUGGACCAAGGAAGAAGAUGAUCGCCUGAUUGCUUAUAUCCGGGCUCACGGGGAAGGGUGCUGGCGGUCGCUGCCGAAGGCGGCAGGGCUGCUCCGGUGUGGAAAGAGCUGCCGGCUUCGCUGGAUCAAUUACCUGAGGCCGGAUCUUAAGCGCGGCAACUUCACAGAGGAAGAAGAUGAGCUCAUCAUCAAGCUUCACAGCCUGUUGGGGAACAAGUGGUCACUGAUAGCAGGGAGGUUGCCGGGGAGAACGGACAAUGAGAUUAAGAACUAUUGGAACACUCACAUCAGGAGGAAAUUGUUGAGCAGAGGGGUGGAUCCAACAACCCACAGGCCAAUCCAAGAGCAGCCCAUUUCAGAGGUCACCACCAUCUCCUUCUGCAAAGAGGAGAAGAAUGGUGCCAAGGAUGAGAAGAGAAGCAACGCUGAGAGUGGCGCGGAAGGCGGUGGCCUGAACCUUGAGCUGUGCAUAAGCCUUCCUUUUCAAUCCCCACCGCAGCCAUUGAAAAGAAGCAUGUGUUUGAGCUGCAGCCUUGGGGUGCAGCACGCAGGCUGCGGCUGUAAUGGCUUCCUGGGAACCAAAACAGGAGUCUUGGACUACAGAAGCUUGGAAAUGAAAUGAGAUUCCAUCUUUCUUCUUCUGUAACAGAAGUAUUGCUGUGUUGUCAUAUCCCUUUUUGUUAAGUACAUAAUUCUUGAUGACAAAAUAUUCUGGCUGGUUAGCAUCGUUCACGUUUUGAUCCAUUUGAGAUCUUUUUCCAACUGGUGUCCAUCUCCCCAAUAAGAAA